GUGCGGGAUUUACAACUGAAAAAAGCAAAGAUAUAUCGAUAGUCGUCAAGUACUCCUCUAUAGGUUAGUGCCUGUGUUUUCUUUCUCAGUCAAAAUAUUCUCUCGCUCUCUCUCAAUCAAAAUAAUAAAAACGAAACCCUAAUAAGAAAUAAAAUCAAAUUGAAAUAACUGAAAAUAAAAAUGCAAGGAGAAGAAGUAAGCAUAGAGGAGCUCGCUUCUAAUCUCUCCACUUACAAAGAACAGCUUCACCAGGUCAGACAGCUUUUGGUUGAUGAUCCUGGAAACUCUGAAUAUGUAGACAUGGAGAAGGAGCUUAUUGAGGUCAUUGCUCUGACAGAAGAACUCCUUGAAACUGCAAAGCAGAAUGAGAUUUCUGGAUCACAUCUUGGAACAGGAGCUAGCGCAUCUCCUGGUUACCCUGAACCUCAGGAGGCUGAUCAACAUGAGAAGUUCCCCAUCGGUUCAAAAGUUCAAGCUGUAUGGAGUGAAGAUGGGGAAUGGUAUGAUGCAACGGUUGAGGAUCUUACUCCUAAUGGAUAUUAUGUAACCUUUGAUGGAUGGGGAAACAGGGAAGAGGUGGACCCUGACAAUGUAAGGCCAGUUGAAUUCAAUGCCUUAAUGGAAGCAGAAAAAGUAGCUGAAGCUACAAAACAAGCUAUCAAAAGAAAGAUUGCCCAAGCGGCUUCUGUUGACUUUCAAUCACGAACUUUACCAGCAAAGCUUCGGAUAGAACCUGACGACUCAGAGGAUGUGAAAGCUGCCAAGCGUAAGAAGAUACAUUCGUUCAAGUCAAAGAUGCGUUUCGAGCAACUUGAAGUCGCACAGAAUAAGCGACAGAAUGCAUGGCAGCAGUUCCAGACAACUAAAGGCAAGACUAAGAAGGUUGGUUUCUUCUCAGGGCGCAAGAGAGAGAGCAUUUUCAAAUCUCCUGAUGAUCCCAAUGGCAAGGUUGGUGUGACUGGAAGUGGGAAGGGCUUGACAGAGUUCCAGAAGAGGGAAAAGCACUUGCAUCUCAAGGAUGGAAGCGUUGAGAUCGAUGAUUAGAUUAGAGUUACAUAACAUUAGAUGCUACAGUUACAUUGUUUUUUUUUUCCUCUACCUUGUAACCUUACUCUAUAGGCUUUUGCACAAACUGAUCCAGUAGCCAAGAGUCUCGAUGAUGUGGUGAGCUUGUUAGUAUCUGUGCGUGUAGGUCUUGCUUUUAGAAAACCUCUUCUACGGAUUUAUUUUUCGCCGAUUAGGAGAGUGUCUGAUCUUUCAUUUU